GCUUUUCCACAAAACGGCUCCGCCGCUGCCAUCCCAACGGCUGCAAGUGACAUCAGUUUGACUACAUCACCUCGAUUUUCCUGGAACAAUGCCUUUCAGCUACUUACGAAACAAAUUCUUAGUGCUUAUACCAAUCGCACAGUAAUCCGUUGGAGUUUUUGGUGGGCUUUGGCAACAUGUGGUCAGGUUCAGGUGAUCUCUUAUGUGCAAUUUCUCUGGAAGGAUAUAGAUCCGCGCAAUGAGAGUUUCUACAACGGUGCUAUAGAGGCGAUUGUAACGCUCCUGGGUGCUGGUAGCGCCAUGGUGGCUGGUAUAGCUAACUCUAGUCAUCAUAGAAAAUGGCACAUGUGGAUAUUGACUGUUUGUUCGCUUCUUAUGGGUGUUUUCACUAUCUAUUCAUCACAGACGAAUUUAGUUUGGAUGGCCUACAUAAUGUACAUUCUUUUUGGAAUCUGCUACUUUUUCGUCAUUACAACAGCGAGCGCUAUUGUUGCAGAGAAUUUAUCUGAAGACAGUUUUGGCUUAAUUUUCGGCAUUAAUACUCUGGCGGCACUUGUAUUGCAGUCGAUUCUAACACUUGUGGUAGUUACUGAUACCGGCUAUGGGUUAAAACCUCGUGAACAAUUCUUUGUUUAUGGUUGCUAUUUUAUUGUUCUCGCAAUCAUGUACUUUGUGACCGUACUUAUGCGACUUGUAUUUAGAAAACUGAAGUGCUGCGGGAAUGGUGUCGUAAAUAUUACGAGUUACAAUUAAGAUUAAUUUAAAGUUAAGUAUCUCAAAACUCUUAAAAUGUGAUUGCACAAGGAAAUGUGUACUUAUACAAUAAAACUCAUAGCAUAGAAAAAAAGUAUGUCAUUAGUCGCAGUGGUUAAG